UUGCUUCCAGAGUGGUGUGACGGUAACGAAACUGUGACCUGCGAAAAUGGAGGAUAUCCUCAUCCACGGCACUGCUGGAAAUGCGUCUGUCCUGGUGGAUACGGUGGAGACCGAUGCACUGAGAGGCCUGAUACCGGAUGCGGAGAGACAGUUGAAGCAUCGGAAGAUUGGAAAACUCUCAGAGACUUCUUAGGAAGUUAUUCUGUCCAUCAAUAUCUGGAAAACUACAUCAAGUGCCACUAUUGGAUUCAAUCUCCUGAAGGAACCGAAAUUGAAGUAGAGUUUUUAAAUUUCACUGAAGGUCAUGAUAUCGACGGCUGCCCUUACGCUGGUGUUGAAAUCAAGACGAACAAGAAGCAGCAGCUCACUGGUUAUAGGUACUGCUUCCGUGUAAAAAUGUCUAAAGAGGAAUAUUGCAUCAUCAUCGUAGGCUACCUAAAUACCUGCUUCUUUAUUGCCUUCUCAGAUUCUGCUCUCCGAGCGAUGCAGGAACCAAACUCCGCUCCUAUACCAAUCGGGUUCCUAUAA